AUGAUAAUCAGCCAACAAGGCUUUGAUGUUGUUGAUGCUGGGAGCAAAAGCGAUAAUAUUGACGGUGGCCAAGUUUCAUUUUUUGGCAUCCAUUUGUGCUUCAAAUUUUUACUUGUCGUCGCUGGUAUUCUUGAUGAGGAAAUGCGUAUUGCUGGUGCAUCAAAAAGAUGUCCUACACAGACAGUGAACGUUUACCUGGCGGUAUCAUCGCUGGUGGCUUAUAUCAGUAUUCAGAUCUUACCUUACAUAAUGGUCAAUUUCAAGGUUGGUCUUGUUCUGGUUGCUAUUCAGUCUAGUUGA